AUGAUCAAAAGUUUUGCCCAGGAUAUCGCCAAAAUUGAGGUCGGAAAGGACUGGCCGUAUAGCUUCGUCCGACGUAACAGCGAUGAGCUCGGUUGCACUUGGUUCGACGGUUUUGAUAUCGCAAGAAAGAGAGCAGACAAUGCUUCUAGAUACAGAGCCUACUAUGAGCUUAUUGGCGAGAAAAUCGAGAAAUACGACAUCCUGCCUUGCAACACGUAUAAUGUGGACGAAAAGGGCUUUCUCCUCGGCGUCAUCAAUCGUACCAAGAGAGAUGGCAACAGAUCAUGGAUCACGUUCCUGGCAUGUGUCUGUCAAGACCUGACCGCGCUACCCCCGUUUCUCAUCUACCAAGGCAAGCCAGGGCAAGUUCAGGACUCCUGGCUCACGGAGUUUGAUCCGGAGCACCAAGCGGCGUUUUUCACAACCUCAGAAACGGGUUGGACGAACCAUGAACUUGGAAAGGAAUGGCUCAUUGGUGUUUUCGACCGGUUCACGAAAGAAAAGGCGCGAAACGGCCGGGAUUACCGCCUCCUGAUUACCGACGGACACUCUAGUCAUGUCAAUAUGGACUUCCUGGAGUGGUGUGACCAGCAUCGGAUAAUCGUUGCCGUGUUUCCGCCGCAUUCCACGCACAGGCUGCAGCCCCUUGAUGUGUCCCUUUUUGGCCCUCUUUCGACCGCAUACACCAACCAGCUCAUCCAGUGGACUGCAAAGACACAGGGACUCAUCGGGCUAUCGAAACGCGAGUUCUGGUCGUUAUUUUGGAACGCAUUCGGGUCAUCUUUCUCGGCGGAGAACAUCGCAAGUGGUUGGAAACGGACCGGACUCCUCCCAUUUGACCCUGAAGUCGUUUUGUCGCAGAUCGCGGAGAAAACAGAAGAUGAGUCUGAGUCUGGCGACAGCUCCGUUGACUCGCUCGCCCUGCAGCAGCCCACUGCUCGGGAUUUGCGCCGACUUGUCGACAAGAACGAAUUGCUUCGAUAUGAGAAUCAGGGACUUCGGGAGACUAUCUUUCACGAAAAGCAGCGCAGAAUGCGCGGUAAAGCUCUGAAGGAUUACCUUUUCGAUCGUGUAGAUCCUAACUCGGCGCAGGUAUUUAGCCCUGCAAAAGUGGCCCAAGCGCGCUUGAAGAAAGCAGCCAUGGAGACUCAGAAGCAAGAAGAGGCCUUGGAGAAAGAACGACAAAGACGUCAGGCAAAGGAAGCCAGACAACAAGAGCGGGAGAAAAACAGACUCGCGAGAAGAGUCCGGGCGUUCGAGACGAGAUUGUCGUCGCCAUUUCGGCUCCACCAGAACCGACGACAGCUCCGGAACACUCAAAAUCGCCAAACAUUAAGACGCAACUGGGUAGCCAGAUUCAUCGAGCGCCACCGAGGCCUUAAGACUAAGAUCGGUAGACGUCAGGAAGCUAAUAGGUUUGAAUCCUUCACGCCUAAGGCGGUUCAUUGGUACUUCGAUAUCAGGGAGGGCCAGUACGGCUGGAUUCGGCCUGAGAACAUUGUUAACGUUGACGAAGGAGGCAUCAUGAUCGGUUUUGGGUUGGAUAACCUGGUGACGGCCACGGGAGCCAUGCAACGGACGAAUGGAUGGCUACAUGCUUUUUGA